UUGGUCGGCGCUCCAAAGAGAAAGACACACAGAGAGGGGGGAAGAAAAAAUAAUCACCGCCUGCAUUAGACACUAAUUCAUACACCGUAUUCUGCAAAAACAGGGACAGAUACAGAUAGAGCCGAGGCCUUCAAAACAGAUGGCUGCCACUCAGGAUGUGAAAGGAAAGGGAGAGGGAGGGGACCAAAACUUUGAUUACAUGUUCAAGCUGCUGAUCAUUGGCAACAGCAGUGUGGGAAAAACGUCUUUCCUGUUCCGCUACGCCGAUGACGCCUUCACUUCGGCCUUCGUCAGCACAGUGGGCAUCGACUUCAAAGUAAAGACUGUGUACAAGAAUGACAAGAGGAUCAAACUGCAGAUCUGGGACACAGCAGGCCAGGAGCGCUACAGGACCAUCACCACUGCCUACUACCGCGGGGCCAUGGGCUUCAUCCUAAUGUACGACAUCACCAACGAGGAGUCCUUCGGCGCUGUGCAGGACUGGUCAACCCAGAUAAAAACCUACUCGUGGGAUAAUGCACAGGUUGUGCUGGCUGGAAACAAGUGUGAUAUGGAAGAGGAGCGUGUGGUGUCAGUUGACAGUGGCAGACUGCUGGCAGAACAGUUGGGUUUUGAAUUCUUUGAGACCAGCGCCAAGGACAACAUCAACGUGAAGCAGACCUUUGAACGCCUCGUUGACCUAAUUUGCGACAAGAUGUCCGAGAGCUUGGACACCGAUCCGGCCGUCACCACGGGAGCUCCCACCGCCAAACUCACAGACAGCGCUCCGCCCCUCCAGCAGCCCGGUUGCAACUGUUAGUGACUGAUGUCAGGAAGCAAAGGGAGGGCAGCACAGGUCCUGUAAGGUGGUACAGUGUGCAGAGUUUUAUUCUCCUUUAACACUUCUGCUAGUGCUGCUUUCUCUGGACUACAGCUCAAACCCUGUUUAGUCGUAGAAUUACAAAAUGCCGUCGUAUUAUCUCUCAACUUUAUCACAUUAUAUCAAGAGCAAAUAACCAGACAAACAGACAUGGCUAUUGUAAAACGUGUAACAUUACAGGAUAUCUAGAAUAUAGAGAUGUCAUAUUCUCAUUCAGCUAGUUAGUAUAGCCAUAAACAAAGUAAGUUUGAUAAGGCUGGAAAUAGUCCAUAGUCAUGAUGUACAGUUAAUCCUUAAAACCUUUAAAAUCUUUAAGACCUAGAAUAAUUCUAAAAUGAGGGAUAGAGUCAGUGAGUGCUUUAAUUUUUAUUUUUUGUACAGUAUGUAUUUUCCUUUUAUAGGAUUACUUUGUCUCCUAAAGCUGCCAAAUCUAUGAUUUAGUGCACUAUAGGAUGUAGCGGCUUUCUUUUAUGUAGUGAGUGUGUGGCUGUUGUGUGACUGUACAGUCUAUGAGUGUAGGGUUUGCAUGAGUGUGAGUAUUAUGUCUGAGUCACAAAUGGGUGCAUCUAAAAAAAUCAUCUACCUUGGAUAAAAAAAGUGGCCUUUUAGCAUCUCCAACACGGCCUCUGUAAAUUCCUGUCAUGCUUACGUUUGGAAUGAAUCCAGUAUGUAUAAUGUUGAUGUGAGUACUAUUCCAUGUUUUGCUGUCUGUAGAUGUGUGAUUUCUCUGAUAAGUAUAUCUGUAAAUCUUAAAAGCAACUAUUUCUAUGUGCUUAGCCUCUAAGAUUACCCUUUAUAGUUUGAUGCGAUGAGCAUGCUGCCAAAAAGUCAAUCAUAUGGGCUGUUUUAUCUCAAGAUAGAACCUAAACAACUCCAUAUGAUAGCAAUGAUCCAGCAUUUCAUUAAAUAACAAUCUUGCACUGACAAGGCACAGUACAGUGUAUGAUAUACAACAACUGAUCAGCUCUGGCAUGGAAUAAACAGCCAUAUAUUUAAAAAAAAAUCUUUAAUUCAGCAUGCUAAAAUUUCAUGUUUGUGCUAUAAAAUUACCUGAAAGAAAAAAUCUCAGUAAGCUGCUUCAUAGACCAUACAGGAAUUAAAAUUUGAUGCAUACAUUUAGAGUACUGUAGCGGUCUUAAAGGGACAUCUUUAUCCCAAAAUCAGAAAUACAACUUUUUCAUCUUACCUGCAGUGCUAUUUAUCAAUCUAGAUUGUUUUGGUGUAAGUCGCAAAGUGUUGGAGAUAUUAGCUGUAAAGAUGUCGGCCUUCUCGAGAAUAUCAAGGAGCUAGAUGACACUCAAAAUAAAAAAAGUGUCUCUUUCCAAAAAUCCUGACUGGGCUACUCAAGAUAAUCCUUAGACCUUGUGAGCAUUUUCAUGUAGGAACUAUUUUCUUCCUAGCAUAAUUCCUUCAUGAAACUGCUUACAACAAGGUCGGUGGAUUACCUUGAGUAACAGGAUCAUGAUUUCUGGAAAUUUGAGUUUUUCAAAUGUAUUUUUUUGCCGCUUCAAACACCACAAGCCUAUUUGAGAAAAGGCAGACGUCUCAAACCAAAAUAUUCUAGAUUCAUAAAUGGCACUACGUGUAAAAAGGGAAAAAAAAAAAGUAUUUUUUAUUUUGGGGUCACUGUCACUUGAACGAUAACUCAAGUCUAUAUAGUAAAAAAAUGUAGCUUGUUUUGAAAUCCAGAAAGCCUUUCAGUUCUACACUUAAUAGAAGAGAAAACAUUUGUGCCAAAACACUACAAUUCCUUUAGCAUCGUCAGUCGUUUGUUGCAUAGUUGAAUAAAAAUUCCAAAAAAUUGCAUGAAGCCAGUUCUGACUUAUCUGUGUAGAUUUAUAUAAUAAGAUAGUGUAUAUAUCACUCUGUGUUACAGAUUUAGAAGCAUUGUCAUAGCACUUGCUGUGAAAUGCAAUGGGCCAAUAAGUGCAAUAUUUUAUGAAUGAAACCCUGUACAUAGUUUCUCCUGUCCUCGAGUACAAUGACUCUAUCUGCAGUAUGUGAGUGACAGUUUGGUCACAAUGGCUCUGAAACUGAUGUACAAUCUCUUAAAAAAGUAAGAGUGUGCUUAAUUUCUGCAGUCACUGAAUGUGUGACUUUGUGUGUUUGUGUGUGUGUGUGUGUGUGUGUGUUUGUGUGUGUGUGUGAGUGUUUGCGAGUGUGUGUGUGUGUACCUGCCAUAUUGAACAGACAAACUACGUAAUAUAGUGUAUUGUUUGUGUAUACCUUUUGUACAAAUGUAUUCACGUACUAUAUGCUGUCCCUUCUAACUGUUGGGUGUUGAUUGAUCUUGUAUUAUCAUGUCAAAAUGCAGUGUUAUUGUGAAAGAUAGUCAGGGAGAUAACUUAGUCCAUGCCAUUCUGUUGUAAUUCCGAGAAAAGGGAUACACAUAAACUAGACCCUGCGCAUAAUGUAUGUGUGUACACGUGCUUUGUGCGUGUGCAUCUGUGUAUGUGUGUGAUAUUAUAAUUUUAUGCUAGCAGCCAUGAAAUAAAUUAUUGUACUGAUCUCCAGUCAAGAUUCAUUUAAUGUAGAAAUAGUUAUGUGGCAAUGCCCAAGCAGUCAAUCUCAUUUUAGAACAGGAUAUAUGACUUUACAUAUAACUGAAUAUAUUUGUUUCUCAGAGUGCAAGCAAAGUAAGAAGUAUGUUUUUAAGAUUAUAGGAAAUAAAUCAGAUUCUAUCAGUGGG